AUGCCAUACGACAUGAUCUACGGCCCCCAGGGUGGCUGGUGCACGAGCGACAGGCCGAUAGUCCGCUGCGACUGCGUUUUGGACGGGUACGACGGCCUCACAUGCGAGGUGCGCACGGAGACGUUCUGCCCGAACCAGUGCGGCGGCCGCGGCGAGUGCGACCGCGGGUGGUGCAGGUGCCUGCCCGGGUGGUUCGGGCUCGACUGCUCGCGGCGCGCCGCUUGGGCGGCAGAGGAGCCGGCGGCGGCGGCAGCGGCAGCGGCGGCGGCACUGACAGCUGUGGCGGCGGCGGCGCCGGGCGUAGGCAGCGGCGCCACCGCCAACGCAAGCGCGGGGCAGGCCGCAGGUGGGGCCAGGGGUGUCAUGACAAUACUCACUCAAGCGGACGCGCCCAGCCCCUACCCGCCGCCCCCGCUUGCGCGGCACCGCGCUUGGCUGGUCAAAGUCACGGUUGACCAAUGGGCGCGCAGCCAGCCGGCGGCAGCACCGCACGCAGACUGGUCGGCCCAGGGGCCGGAGGGCGAGGCCGCGGCCGCCGCCGGCCAGGUGGGGGCUGCAGGCGGCGCGGCGGCGCCGCACACGGGCGCCGCUUUGACCGCGGCUGCGCCUGCCACCACGGCCAAGCCACAGACGGUGGCAGAGACGAACCCAGGAGUGACGCCAGGUGUCACGGUCCCUGUGGCAAAGCAGGGCAAGGCCGCUGCCGCCGCUACUGCUGCUGCUCCUGCUGCUGCCAUGGUUGCAUCACCAGUGCCACCCAAAACCGCAGCUACCAAGCCGGCAGCCUCGGCGGCCACGAAAGCGGCGGCGGACACGGCUGCGGCGCCUGCGUUGACAGCAGUCGCGCCGUCGCGCGCGCUUCUGGGGAACGCCGGCGCGCCUGCGGCGCCCGGGCGGUCGCUGCUGCGCCACUUCCGCUUCGCCGGCGGGCGGCUGGAGACAGAGGCGGCGGCGGCUGUGACGGCAGGGAUGCGUGGCGGCACCCACCUUUGGCUGGACCGCAUAAGUGGCGGCGGCGGUAGCGGCGGCGGCGGCAGCGAUUAUGAGCCCUCGUGGGACUUGCGGGAUGAGCCGAUCGCAGCUGGCGGGGAGCAGCCUUUGGCUCGGGCGGCGGCGGGCUCCACAGUGCAGCCCGAGCUCCAGAAGCAGCAGCACCGGCAGCAGCACCAGCAGCAGCAGCAGCAGCAGCAGCAGCAGCAGCAGCAGCAUGGGUUGGCCGCACUCCUCGCUACCGGCCCCCAGCUCCGCCUGCGCACGCUGCUGCGCCACUUCCGCAUCGGCGGCGGCGCGCUCGAAGUUGAGAGCGCCGCCAACGCCGCGCUCUCCGACCUCGGCCCGGAGGAGGGCGAAGAGGAGGGCGGCGGCGACGCAGAGGAUGCGGAGGCCGGGCGGCUGGGGGGCGGAAGUGUGACGGACGGGAUUUUGGCGGUGGACGAGAUGGAGCACCUGCCGCAGGGGCUGGGGGCCGACCACAGGAUGCACGGGUUUGGUGCGGAGAGCGACUACGAAGCGGACGA